CACCAGAGAUGGCGAAAAGGCAAAGAACGAGUGUAUCUUGCGCAGCCUGUAGACUGACUCGCAAGAAAUGUUCAGAAGAUUGUAUUUUGGCUCCCCAUUUUCCUGCAUAUGACCCAGACAAAUUCACAGUCGUGCAUAGAGUGUAUGGAACCAACAAUAUCGUUAAACUGCUUCAAGGUUUGGAGACUAAACAAAGAGUAGAUGCAGUAAACAGCUUGGUUAGUGAAGCAAGUGCAAGGGUUAACAACCCAAUUCUAGGAAGUGUGAAGGUAGUCAAUGGAUUGGAGAAGCAAAUAGCUGAGCUUGAAUCUGAAUUGGCAACCAAGCAAGAAGAGCUCGUGAAUAUGCAUUCAGAAUAUGAUAAGCUUCUACUCCUAUUGCACAAUAGACCACUUGAUGUUCAAGAUGUAUAUCACAUUGACACAACUGAGGAUAUCAUGUAUGAACAAGUGGAUACACUGUUGUGGGAGCCAAUAUGACGCUACCUUAUAUAUGGUUCACUGUUUAAUUUUUACUCUAUUAUUGUAUCCGUAUGUUAAUUAUGAACAUUUUCAAUAAAAAAAUAUUUUAGUCA